AUGGUGGAUGAACACCACGACGCAGACGAGACCUUCUGGGCUCCGGGGACGGUUGCCCUCGAAGAUGUCCACCGCACCCGAGACCAGCUAGUUCUCUUUCCUACCCCUUCGGCCGACCCCAAUGAUCCCCUCAAUUGGUCUACGGCUCGCAAGGCCCUCAAUUUCACCCUCGUCAGCUUCUUUGUCUUGUGGACGUUUGUCCAGCUCGAUAUCGGCUUCACUGCAUGGGGUCCUAUGGAAUCGGAGCUUGGAUUCUCAGUCGACAUUCUCAAUGCAGGUGCCGCUGUCAACUACGGCGGUCUGGCUAUCGGGUGCUUCUUUUUCAUUCCUUUGGUACAUAAGUAUGGCCGACGUCCCAUCUACAUCUUCAGUUCGGCUUUGCAGUUUGCAUCCUGCGUCUGGCAAGCGGAGAUAUAUACAGUGGGGGGUUUCAUCGGGGCAAACCUGAUUUCUGGCCUGGGCGGCGCGAUCAGCGAGAUCGUGGUGCAGAUCACGGUGGCAGAUAUGUUCUUUGUCCACCAGCAUGCCACCAUGAAUGGAUGGUUUGUCAUUUUCCAGUCUUUAGGUGCAUUCCUUGGCCCCGUAGCGUCGGGUUACAUUGUGAACUCACAAGGGUGGCGGUGGAUGUGGUGGUGGUGUGUGAUCUUUUUCGGGGUCACACUGGUCUGUGUCAUUUUCCUCUUUGAGGAAUCGAAAUUUGUCCCCGUCUUGAGCGGCCAAAGCGUUUCGCCUACGGCCCACGUCAGCUCAGCGGAGCAUACUAAAGACAUCAAAGACAAAACAUCAACAAACGACAAAAGUGCCACCUCCGAAGUGGUAGCUAGUCGAUUGGCCACCAAUGUCGACAUCAAGCCCAAGACAUAUUGGCAGAGACUGGCCUGGGUCACGCCAACCAAGGAGUCUCUUUGGCCGCACUUCUGGAUUCCAAUCGUCACUCUUUUUACCUUCCCAGCAGUGGCAUAUGCUGCCCUCACAUAUGGCUCUACGCUGGCCUGGUUUGCUAUAAUGACCUCUUUGCAAGCGUCCUAUAUGCUAUAUCCACCGUACAAUUUUGAUGCUAUAGGUAUCGGGCUUAUGAAUAUUGCCCCUUUCGUUGGCGCGAUCUUGGGAUUCCCCUGUGGUGGAUACCUGAGUGAUAAGUCCAUACUGUGGCUGUCCAAGAAGAAUGGCGGUAUUUACGAGCCUGAAAUGCGACUCUGGCUUGCCCUCCCUGCGGCCAUCCUUGGUCCUGCAUCAAUCCUCAUGUUUGGUCUGGGGCUCGCUUAUGGAAUACAUUGGGCGCUUCUUGCUGUGGGCUUUGGAUUCUUUGGCUUCACGUUGGCCUCUAUCGGCAGCAUCUCGCUCUCAUAUCUUAUGGACUGUUACCAAGACAUUAUCGGAGAUGCAUUGGUAGGAGUCAUAUUUAUGAGAAACAUCAUCAGCGUCAUCGUCCUUUUUGUUUUGACUCCCUGGGUGGACGGAAUGGGCAUUCAAAAUCUCCAUAUCCUUUGCGCGGUCGUUGCCUUUGUCGUUUACCUGAUCCCAGUUCCCCUCCUAAUAUGGGGCAAGAAAGCUAGAAUCGCUUCUGCACCAAUGUAUAAGAAGAUGGCAGCGACCCACGUAAAUCAUCGGACAGUAUAG